UUGCUUUAAGUGUUCUCUGCAGAAUGUGAGUUUUUAACUAGCUCAGAUUCAUUCCAACCUAGGACCACAUUUGUUGUAUUUCAAAAGGGAAGAAUGGCCCGUCGUUUGCGACUGCAUUUUGCAACCAGGAGGAGCAACACUGACCCACUGUCUGAAACUUCGGGAGAAGGCUUGGAGAGUAACAUUUGUAUGACAGUUGAGACUGUACCAGUACAUGUGAGAAAGAAUGUUCACCAAGUGACUGCACUUGAACCUGUGGCAGCGCAGACAGUAGCACAGGAUGAACGUAUCCUACAGCGCAGUUCUUCAUUGUUUAUACCACAGGUCAGCAACAGUGAUCAUCACCGCAAAAAGAGCUCUACCUUGCAAAUAUCACUGCAGUCCAAACAAUCCAGAGGACAGUGUGAAUCUAGUACUCGUUGCAAUGGCAGAGAGGGUGGUUUGUGCAAUGCCGGUAUUUCUUUUGACCAAGAGCUUUUAGAACGUGCGAUGGAGUCCACCAAAGCAUCAGUGAAGUUGAGAAAACCGAAGGUUCCAUUGAGGCGUUGUUCAUCAUUGGUGAUAUUUCCUCAGAGUCCGUGUAGUACUCCGCCAGCUACACCAACAAGCCCAGAUCCAUUUACAAGUGCAAGUAGCAAUCCCACAUUAAACAGAUUUCUUCCUUGCCCUCAUGAACCAAAGCAAGAUGAAGAUCAGGCUGUGUCUAAAUCCAAAGAAGCAAGCACAUGUUUUGUUGCAACAGCAGUUAAUGGGCUGCGUUUGUCUAACCCAGUUUGUCCUUCUUCGGAAGUUAGAGACAUUAAGUCGCUUCAUUGUAACGGACAGCAACCUGGCAAAAAUCGAGCAAUAGAUUACGGCGAGGAAGAAGCAGAGUAUUGGGGAAAAGUGAAGAAACCGCACAGACCUUCAAAUCACGUUCUGCAUUUCAACUACCAAAGAGCUCAUGUAUUUGGAACAGAGCCCAAGGAAGGACAAAUUCACCCUGAAUCAUUUGUGAAGGAGUUUAAGCAGAGCUCUUUAAAUACUGGACAUGCGCAUCAUCCUAUUAAGUUAAUAAGGAGCACCUCUGUAUGUUUACCUUCGUUCAAACAUUCAGACUGCCAACUUAAUAUUAAUGGUGUGGUAGAAAGGGAAAUUAUAAAUGAACAAAACAAGCGUCCGAUCUUUCAAAGGAGCCAUUCACUUGAAGUUCCCUGUCAGCUGGUUUCCAGUUAUCAUUCAAAACCUAAACAUUGUUGUUCAAGGGUUGGGAUCCCUCAUUUACAAAUCCACGUAGCUCCUAGAUCAGAGCAAAAGACGUUCAGUUCUGAGGAGGAAAUGACUGGAGCUGUUUGGGGACGAAAGUGCAAGACCAGAGAUGAUUUUCUGGGGUUGGUGGAUAUUCCCCUUCAACAUAUCCCGACUGAAAAUCCGAACCAGGAGAGACCAUAUACGUUCAAGGAUUUUCUUCUUCACCCUAGAAGUCAUAAGUCCAGGGUUAAAGGGCACCUUCGAUUAAAGAUGACCUAUUUGCCUAAAAGUAAUGCUUCUGAAGAAGAUAGCACAGAGCAGGCUGAUGAAUUGGAGCCUGGCUGGGAACUUCUGGACCAACAGAGUGUGACUGUCCAUAGCCAACCUCCCCCUGCACUACCUGUUGGAUGGGAGGAGAAGCAGGAUAAUCUGGGAAGAACUUACUUUGUCAACCAUGAAACCAGAACAACACAGUGGAUUCGACCAAGUUCUCAGGACACGGCAUCAGACAUAAAUCGUUGUCGAAAUAACAUCCAGCUGGAAGCACAGCAUGUAUAUAGUACACGGAGACAGAUAUCAGAAGAAAUCGAAACUUCUGAAAACAACAGAGAUUCCCCAGAUCAGAGCUGGGAAAUUAUAACUGAUGAUGAAACUGUGUUCAGUAACUGCAACCCUCAGUCACCCCCACCUCCCCACACACCUACGGGACAAAAUACAAGUUUUGACUUGCAAAAUCAACUAGCAGAGGAACUUAGUCGGCGCUUUCAGGCAUCUGGAUGCACGGUUACAGAUCGUCGCAGCUCCUGCUCAAGUCAUUCCAGUAGACGGGGAAGUUCACAAGCAACUAUGGAUGAACAGCCAGCACUGCCAGUUAUUUUACCCACUUCAACAGGAUUGCCCCCUGGCUGGGAAGUAAAGAAGGAUGACAAGGGAAGAGCCUACUAUGUCAACCACAAUAACCGAACCACCAGUUGGACGCGACCUGUUAUGCAGACCACUAGUGAAGCAGUGCAACCAAAACCCUGUCGGAGUCCCACAGCAUAUCUUCCUCCUACAGUAUCUCCUCAAGAUUCUCCACAAAAUUCCCCAAGCCAUCAACGGAAGUAUGAUUUGGGCUUUCUCCCUCCAGGCUGGGAAGUCCGACAUGCAACCAAUGGUAGACAUUUCUUCAUUGAUCACAACACCAAAACAACAACAUGGGAGGACCCAAGAUUGAAAAUUCCAGCUCAUAUGAGACACCGGCCAUCUUUAGAUCCUUCAGACCUUGGGCCACUUCCUCCUGGCUGGGAGGAGAGAGUUCACUCAGAUGGUAGAAUUUUCUACAUUGACCAUAAUUCUAAAGCUACCCAGUGGGAGGAUCCUCGCUUACAGAAUGUAGCCAUCACUGGACCUGCUGUGCCUUAUUCAAGAGAUUACAAACAGAAGUAUGAUUAUUUCAGGAAAAAGCUGAGGAAGCCUUCUGACGGUCCAAAUCGGUUUGAAAUGAAGCUACGCCGUAAUGCAAUCUUGGAAGACUCCUACAGAAAAAUAAUGUCUGUGAAGAGAGUGGAAUUCCUUAAAGCCAGACUAUGGAUUGAGUUUGAUGCUGAAAAAGGAUUGGAUUAUGGUGGUGUUGCCAGGGAAUGGUUUUUUCUUCUCUCCAAGGAGAUGUUCAAUCCUUAUUAUGGAUUGUUUGAAUAUUCUGCCACGGACAAUUACACCUUACAGAUAAAUCCAAACUCUGGACUCUGCAAUGAGGAGCAUCUAUCUUACUUCAAGUUCAUAGGCCGCGUAGCUGGAAUGGCAGUUUACCAUGGAAAAUUAUUAGAUGGAUUUUUCAUCAGGCCAUUGUAUAAGAUGAUGCUUCAGAAGCCAAUUACACUGCAAGAUAUGGAGUCGGUGGACAGUGAGUAUUAUAAUUCGCUAAUGUGGAUUCUUGAAAAUGAUCCAACUGAUUUGGAUCUUCGAUUCGUGGUUGAUGAAGAGCUUUUUGGUCAGACUCAACAACAUGAACUAAAACCUGGUGGAUCAGAAAUAUUGGUUACCAACAAAAACAAGAAAGAAUACAUUCACCUUGUGAUGCAGUGGAGGUUUGUUAAUCGCAUCCAGGAACAAAUGAAUUCUUUUAAGGAGGGUUUUUUUGAAUUGAUCCCGCAAGAUCUCAUAAAAAUAUUCGAUGAGAAUGAAUUGGAGCUAUUAAUGUGUGGACUGGGGGAUGUAGAUGUGAACGACUGGAGGGAGAACACAAAAUACAAAAAUGGAUACAAUGCAAACCAUCCCGUCAUUCAAUGGUUUUGGAAGACAGUGCUGUUAAUGGAUUCAGAAAAGCGUAUUCGAUUCCUGCAGUUUGUGACUGGUACCUCACGGGUACCUAUGAAUGGAUUUGCUGAACUGUACGGAUCAAAUGGACCACAGUUAUUUACUAUUGAACAGUGGGGAACUCCAGAGAAAUUACCAAGAGCCCACACGUGUUUCAAUCGUCUUGAUCUGCCACCUUAUGAGUCAUUUGAAGAGUUGCGGGAGAAGCUUAACCUGGCAGUCGAGAACACUGAAGGUUUUGAUGGAGUCGAUUGAGUGACCAAAGCUGGCUGAUAUAGUGUAAUCAUGUCAUCCAGCAAGUGUGCAGAAAUGUGAAGCAAAGUAUCAAAAAAUCGAGUUUUGAGAUGAAGUCUUGCGUGUAGGGAAAUGUCUUCUUUAUUAAGCUAAUGAAGCACUAACAGACUAAGUACGCAGUAACACUACUAUCAAUUCCCCGAGCUCUCAUUUUUAGAGCUGCAAUGAGAAGCAUUUUUCUUACAGACUGGUUGAAUAUGGCUAAUUUGCCUGGACGUGCUUAUCAUACCAACUAAUAAAAUAUGGUUUAUAUGCAGGCAAUGAAUCAAAAAUCCCAUUUAAUUCAGUGACCUCACAAUGCAGGCUUCUGAUGUUCAAUAUUGUUCAGUAUCUAUUCUGUACAGCACCAAUUAUCACAUGUCCUUAAUUAGGAAUGUGCAUGUAAGAUUCAACAAUCUAGCUCCCUUGUCACUGUCACUCAGUUGAGAGUUGUGCAUUUUUCCCAGUCUGUGAGCCAAGUCAGGCUGGUUUGCUGUAUUGACUCACUGCAGUUUUAUCACUUUAGUGUCUUUCUUAUUUUGAUAACCUCCUGGGUAAACUAAUAUGUAGCAUAACAUCAAGUUUAACCAAUGGUGAUUUCAUAUGUGGGUUAAAAUUGAUAACGCAUACAGCUCUAAUAAACUACUGAAAUUUUUAUUCUGUAAAAUAACUUGGAAGAUUACUCAAAUGUGAAUUUAGAGGAGGGUAAACCCAAAUGCAUGGAAGUCAGACUGGAUGGAUGAAGCUCUAGUGACAAACUUCUGCUUUAAAAUGUAAUUUUAUCACAAGCUGCAAGAUUCGCAUUGAACUGUGUGUGUUAUUUGUGAAACUUUUCUCAUUGCUAUAAUGGCAUUUCUCAAAAUGUGAUUAUGAAUAAUAUGACUUUAAUUAUUAAUGUUUUCAGAAACCAUUUUGUAUUUUUUACUUGACUAUUAAGAUUCCAAAAGCUGUACUUAAUACUACACAGAUUUUGGCUUUAGAAUUUAUGUUUGAAAGCUGACACAGUUACAAUGGUUUGUUUAAAUUGAUACAAAGAGAAUGAAAGGAGGCUGCUGAAGAUUCGCUGGGUGCGCUUUGUCAACAUUGAGGAAGACGGCAUUAUAACAAACCCUAUGUUUGGAAAAAAAACUUUGCAUUUUGACUACAUUAUAAAAUAAUGUUUCAUUUUAAAGACUGUAAAGAAAUCAGAAAAGCUAACUUGUUCUAUGUUCUGAGAUGUAGUACUUUUAAUAGUGAAAGAUGGAAUCUGUAAGUUAGUUUCUUUUAAAAAGACAACCUACAUCCGUAGUAAAACAGUGAAGUAUGCUUGCUGCUUUUUUUGCAAAUCCAAGGCACACAAUAAGUUUUAUAAAGUGGCAGCAGUUAUUGUACUUUAUCUGUGAAAAUACAAUAAGUUUACACUUUAGGGAAAAAAAGGUAUUGGUUUACAGUUGGUUGAAUCCAUUGGCUAAACUUGAAUUUUCUUAAGUGUCCAUAUCAAGGUGAUCAUAUGGAGGAAUAUCCAUGCAGUCAAAUUGGAAUUUUUGAAGAAUAAUGGUUUUAACACAGAUAUUACAUUAAAAGGUGUUAAUCCUGUUUAGUUACUACCAGCCCAGGAUGCCGAGAAUGGAAUUGAAUAUUGUUACAAUUGGUCUUAAUUACUUUUUCUCCGAGAUUGAUAAAAUUGCCCCUCUUUAAAAGUAGCUUAGAAUAGAUGUCAAUUAUUGGAGAAUGUGUGUAAAUACUACAAAGUAUAGUGAUUCCAAAUUGUACAUAUUCUUUAAAUUAUAUUUGCAUUCUACACAAUAUACAUUGACUUCAGAUGUGUAAAUACCUUAUGAAAAAAUCCACUAACUUUUAUCAUUGCAAUAUUAUAAAAAUAUGAUGCAUGCAAUGUUAUCUUUUGUCUUUUAAGGUUAUAAUUUAGAAUAGAAUUUGAAACAAGAAAAACAGACUGGGUGGAAACAAUUUUGUAAAUACUUACAGUGCACACAAUUAAAUUAAUGAAAUUCAUCUGUAAGAGGGAUUUUGUGAGAAACACUGGGAAGUUGGUGGAUGAAGCCUGUUUAUAAUAAAAUAGCCUUUUUAGUGCAAGUUGUGGUUUGGUUAAUAUAGAGACGAUCUUUGAAGUUAAUGUUUUGGAAAGUAAUAUGUAUAUAGGGGCAAGAUCAACAUGUUUCAAUUUUCUGUCUCUGCAUUAAUUGAUGUUUAAGCAUUUGAAGUUAUUGCCCCUCUGACACAGCCUUAUAUCAUAACUGUUAACUUCAUGUUAAUACAGUCUGAUUUUUUUUAAAAAUGGUCUGUGCAUCCCAGUGUGAACACAGUGGCUAGGUGAUCUGCAGUCAGGUUUGUGCCAUUGCUCUUUAUAAACUUUCGAUUAAAAUGUGUUUGAAAUAACAACUCUGCUCAUUACAUAAUUAACUGUUGCACAGUCACCAUGUUCAGUUAUCAGCAAGACAGCUAAAGCAUAAUUUGGUAAAGACAGAAUGAGACACUGGGAUGAUAUCUGUUACUUAUACAAAAACAAAGCCUCCCUGAUAUCCAAUAGCUAAAGCACUGCAAGACCUGAAAGCAGCAAAAAUAGCUAUGCAACAGACGGAGGUGCUGUGCAAACAAACAUUGGAUCAACUUAAGUCAAAAAUCCAAACUAGCUGUAAUAAUGGAGAUCUAUGAGUCACGUAUGAAAGGUUCUAGAGGGCAUUUUGCCCUGCCAAUACUCAUGUUGCUCCUCUGAAGUUGACAGUUGAAAGAACAGUACUCACAGAAAUAAAGUUGUUUUUUGUUUUAAAAAUUCAUUCAUGGGAUGAGAUUGUCUCUGGCUAUGGCACAUUAAUUGUGCAUCACUAAUUGCCCAGGGACAGUUAAAAGUUAGCCACAUUGCUGUGGGUCUGGAGUCACAUGUAGGCCAGACCCAGCCAAGGACAGCAGAUUUCCUUCUCUAAACGACAUUAGUGAACGAGAUGGGCUUUUCUGACAUUCAACAAAAGAUUCAUGGUCAUUAUUAGACUUUUACUAUACAUUUUUUUUUGAAAUCAGAUUCCACCAUUUGCCAUGGUGGAUUAAAACCCGGGUCCCCAGAACCCCAAACCUGGGUCUCUAGAUUACCGGUGCAGCGAUAAUACCACUAGGUCAUUGCCUCCCUGACAAUUGUUCCACUGGGCCAAACAUUGCUGUGAUUGAGAUUACUAUGCUGUGAUUCCCCACUCAGCAAUCAGAAAUUGUGAUAGGAAAAUUACUUGGGAUUGACGUUAUUUUAAAAGUUAAAUGCUCCGUGUAUCUUUUUAACUUUUUAAACUUUAAACAGUCAAAUAGUCUGUAUUAAGACAACGUAGUUGGUCUAAAUCCAUAGUAUUCAAGGGAAAUGCUACCAUGGUUUAAAUACGUGACUCAAAUGUUUCCUUGCAGUCCUUUGCAGUGUUCCUACGAAAAGAUAUCCUUUGAAGUGGGCUUUACUAGCUUCAAAAUCUCCCCACACCCCCGGCCUCAUCUCUUGACCAACCGUCCCUCUUAUCCCUGUCUCCUUAACCUGUCCAUCAUCUCUCCCACCUAUCCGCUCUUCCCACCUCACAGACAAAUCCUCACCAAUGUCUACCUGCCUCACCUAUCGCCACCCCACCUACCUUCCCCAGCCCAAACCCUCCCUCUAUUUAUUUAGAGCUCCCUUCCCCUCCCCCAUUUCUGAAGAAGGGUCCUGACCUGGAACAUCAGCUUUCCUGCUUUUUCCUGCCAGGCCUGCUGUGUUUCUCUAGUUCCACACUUAUAUUUUGAAGUGUGUUGUUGUCUUGUGGAUAAAUUUUCCUCAAAUAAUAUGUUCAGGCUUUUAAAGAUCACACUUCCUUCACUUUUAAUUUUCCAUCACUUAAGUUCUUGCAGAGGUUUUACCAGUGAGAUUUUGUGCAGGUCAUUAUCCAGAUUGCUCUCCUUCUCUAUGUGCUGCACUUCAUUAUAGUGACUUCCACACGCAACACCCUAUAUUCACAGCAGAGUGUACUGCUGUACGACUGCUCAGAAAUACUGCUCCUUCCUUUAUCCCCUUCAAUGACCAUCUUGUGCUCUGCAGUUUUGCUAUGGUAAUUUCUAGUGUUUACUUUAAGCAAGUUGAAUUGUAAAGCUGCAGAGCCACGCCAGGCAGCACCAUAUGAUCUGAGAUGUACUCCAGUGAGAAUUUAUUAUACUUUGCCAUCCCAGUCCUUAGAAUUUGAGAAUGACUUCUUAGCACUGCAGCACACUCGGAUCAAUUGAAAGUGAAUUUGUUCAGCAGAAAUUAUCAAGAUGUAUCAUUUAAGUGGAGGUGUCCUUUUGAACCAUUAUGUGAAAAUUGUCGGAGUUAGUACCUAUUCUUUUGUAAUUGUAUCAAGAGUACAUUUUUAAAUAAACAAAACUUGCGAUGUGAA